UUAGUGGAAGUGCAAUUCCGCUUUUUUUUCAGUUCUGUUUACUAAAAAAAAUAACUCGCUGGUUUUUUAUUUUAUUUCAAUUUGGUUUCCUGUUUUAUUUUUUGUAACAAUUAGUGUACGUUGUAGCUGAAAAAAGAAUGUCAAUAUCAUCUUUUUACUUCGAAUUAUAGAACAUUAAAGUUGUGUAUCCGCUCGGGAUAUUCUUGUAUCCGCUCGGGAUAUUUUAUUUUCAUUUAUAUUUUAUGGUACGUCUGAAUAUAUUUUGCUGUUUCUAGCCAAAAAAAAUUAAUUUAACUCCUUAAGUUUAGAGACAAUCAAAAAUUUUUCAAGGAUUACAUUACUAAGCACUUAUAUUUAUAAUUUAUCAUUACAUUCAUAAUUUUUGUAAUAAAAUAAUUGUUUUUGUCAUAUUUCUGUUCUGUGUUAUACCGUUUGAAAACGAAAAAGUUUUUUCUACCUUAAAUACUUUACUAUCGUAAAUACUAUAAAUAAAAAGAUUUAUUUUAACGUAUAUCUUUUGAACUCUUGAUUUUAAACUUAUUUCACUAUUUAAACAUGGAAUGGAUAGGAAUAUUAAACUUUGGUGAAAAAGUUGACUGUGAUGCAUGGGAUACAGAACCAUUUAAUGGGUAUUCAGCAAAAAGAAAGUUUGUGUCGAAUUCGGGAGAAGAAUCACUUAUAAUUUUAAAUGUUAACAAAUCAUUAAAUGGAAAACCCUUAUAUGAAGGAAUAGUUAUGCGUGAUAAUAAUAUACAAAAAAGAUAUAUCUGCACUAAUCCAACAUCAGUUUAUCGUAAGGUUAUUUGCUUUUUUGGUAUAAAAACAAAAGGUAGACUCAAUGGAAAACGAUUUUAUGGAUUAGACUCUAAAGAUUUCAAGUUUCAUUUAAGUUUAUCCGGAUCUGAAGAUUGUAGAAAACAAUAUCAAUCCUAUAUAUCUAAUGUAACAUCCCCCACAAACACAAGAUUGUGCUCAUGGUUAGGUGUUGUAAGUUAUGGUACUGCAAUAAAUUGUGACAGUUUGUUGUACAUAAAAACAAUCAGAUCAGUUAAAUGUCGUAUUCAACCAGGAUAUGAAGCACAAAGGUUAUUAAAGCUGAAUGAUGUUAAUGUGGUUAUAACAAUGAAGAUUAAUAAAUCAGAUGAUGGUCCUGUUUACCGAAUUAUUGUUUCUGACUUAUAAAUUGAUUGCAAGUCAUUGCAUUCCUCUUCUUUUGUUAAAGAUGCUUUUAGCAAAUUAAACUAUAUUAGUUCUAAAAACUGGUCUGGUUUUCAGUUUUUUGGCUUGGAUAGAAGUGAAGUAAUCAUUAAAACAUCUUGUCCAAUAAUAAAAUUUGAUACACCAUCUUUUGAUAACAUUAAACAAAACAACAACAGUGUAAUAGUUGAUUUACUGAAUAUAAGAAAAUGUGGUGCUGGAAAAACUAGUUCGCUUCUCAGUAAAAAAGCUAUAAAAUCUCGGAAUAAGACAAUUCAUUCAUUAGUAGAGUUAGCAAACUAUGGUGAUGUAAAAAGUUUUGUGAGCUACAUAAUAAAUGAGUGCCCAGAAAUUGUUGAAGAAGUUAUAGAUGAAAAUACUGAUUUCUUAGUUCAUAUUGUUGAAAGACUUAGGUUUAUAACAUCUGUUAAAAAUCUUGAUUGUCAACAAACUGUUUAAUAAUGAUGGAUAAAAUUGAAAUUUCACAGAGAUCUUAUAAAGUUUUAAAAGGUAUUCUCAAGAAAAAUAAUAUAAACAUUCCUACAUAUGACCACCUUAGAAAAUACUGUCUUAAUAUAGAUGUAGGUCGAAUUCAACAUGCUCAUAAUGAUGCUAGUGUCGAUUGUGAAUGUUUUGGUUACUCUUGUAAUGUUAAAGAAACACUACGAAGAGUCCUAUCAACCCUUUCUCUUUAUGAAAAAUUUGAGUUUUUUUCCAUUGAACAACAACAAGUGAUAAGAGAUUUUUUAAUUCUGAAGAAUAAUACUCUUUAUGAAAAGUUUGACAUAAAUAGCAAAACUUUAAUUCUGCAUGACACUGGAGAUAAUUUUUGUGCUGCUAGUCGUUAUCCAACUGAGCAAACUUCUUUUUCAAUAGUGAAUUUAACUCCUAUGAUUAACAGCCUAUACGGACAAUUUAUCACAACUCUUUGGCGAGGUAUUGAAAGUCAUGAGAAUAUUAAGUUACAUGUGCAAAAAGUAUACACAGAUUUGACAAAUCUAGUUAAAAAUGGAUUAACAGUGUGUAUUAAUAGUAAUAAAACUGAACACUUUAAUGUGAUUUUAUUUCUAGUUGCCGAUCUUUGUUUUAUUAACGAAGUUAUUGGUAAAUGCUCCAGUAAUCAAACAUAUGGUUGCAAUCAUUGCAAGUUGCCAAUUUAUGACUGGGCCGCUGUAAAUAAAAAGAUUGUUCCUAUUCAAUUGGUUGUUGAUAUACAAGAACGUGGGGAACAUGUAAGGGUUGAGCUAGGCCCUAGACCAAACAAAGAUUCAGCACAAUAUAAGAAGUUUACUGCUGACAACUAUGGACAUGGGGAGCAGUGUUAAUUAAAAGAUUGAUUAUUGAUUUCAUGCCACCAUGUGGCUUGCAUUUAAUUUUAGCACAACAUAGAUAUCUUUGGAAAUUUAGUAUAGUAAAUAAGCGUUCACAAGAAAACCUUUUGUCUGAAGGAUUGAGAAAGAUUAGGUGUUCGUAUUUAGCAUUUCAACUUGAUUGUUAUUUUAAAAG